AACCGUUUUUUCGGUCAGGCUCUAGCUGACGAUGACGAUGAUGACCCUGUGGCAAGUGUGCAUUAUCAAGCGGCUCUGUCUUCACACAAGGAGUCCAACGUUGUAAACAGUACUGCUAAAUGACAUUAUUGGCCUACCCGUGAAUGGACAGUCGCGGAGCUCGGAGUCGAGUAGUCUAACGAGUAGACAACAGUAAAGCGACGGCGGCGGGAAUCGUGUGAAGAAGCGGACUACCAGGGGAGCUCCGCGGACGUCUGUCACCGAGACUCGACGACUCAUCUUCGGAUUGGAUUGUCAAGCCUUCAGCAACCGCCUUGAGAAUACAGGGAGUCCAGACCGAACAUCCAUUGGACUUUUUUUUACGCUUUUCUAAAAAAUACAUAUAUUUUGUAGGCGUCAAGCCAAGUGUAAACAUCGCGUAGUAAAUAGGAACAGUAUUCCGCAUUUCAACCAUUUGUGCUCUGUUUUUCAACCAAGAAAGUCAUCACAGGACGGGACGAGAUGUUACAUUCGGGCUUCUCGUGAAGAUAUUGACUCAGCACUUGGAACUAGAAGGACUGUGGCUCUCCCAGCAGGCGCGUGAAAAGACUGCUGCUUUAGUGCGUUAAUAAGGCCUUGAAGGUGUGCUGUUUACUUGGCUUAGUGAUGGACUCAAGUGCAUUGUGAUGAAAAUGUGGAAGAUGCUGCAAAGGAAAGGGAGAUCAUAAGCUGUUCUCAUGUGGUCUCGUUCUUUUUAUGUGGAUUCUGUAAGGUACUGAAGACAUACAGAGAGUGAGGAAAGUAGGGAAAGGACCACAGUUAACCUUCAUAAGAUACCUGUAGGACAGAAAGAAAGACAUCUGGUCAACCGGGAUCAAGAGCGAACAAAGAGACAGAGAGACGGCGACUGGCGGAGAAGGAAAGGUGUGGAGGAGGUCUCGGAGGAGCGAAAAUUCUCCAUGGCUACAGACCCAGGAGAGCCCACGGGCACACAGCAAUCCUCUGAUAAACCAGAUGGUCAGAAGGAGGAGGACCUGGACCAGGAGGGUAGUUCCAACACGCAUAGGGACAGGACAUGCAGCACCCCCGCGGGCUUCCUCCCAUCCCAGCCUCAGGAGAGGAGAAGGACAGGAGGAAAGGAUGGAGGAGGAGAAGCUCAUCAGGAGGGUAUGGUGACCCCAGUCAAAUCAGUUUUCUUCUCAACGCCCACCUUGCCAGUUGACACAGGCCAGAAAUGUCUUAGGAGAGAGAAGCGCUUCUUCAGGAAGAGUGUGGAGAUCUGUGAGGAGGAGGAUGAGGUGGUUCUCCCAGAAGCCCCCCACAGUGCACCUCACUUGGAGCUGUGCUCCUUUGACCCAGUCUUCACAACCAAUUUCCCACAGGGAGGAGCUGUGUCCUGCGCUGCCAUGGGCCAGGAUCCGUCCUGCCCUGGCGGCCAGGAGCCUGGCAGGGGUGGCCCUCCUUCCUCACCCACCCUACAAGGAAAGGAGAGAGACCGUGAAGAGGAGGAGGCGGAGAUGAAAGCUGUGGCCACUUCUCCUGGUGGCAGGUUCUUGAAAUUUGACAUUGAACUGGGCAGAGGAGCCUUCAAGACCGUGUACAAAGGCCUGGACACGGAAACCUGGGUGGAGGUGGCUUGGUGCGAACUUCAGGACCGCAAGCUGACCAAGGCCGAGCAGCAGCGCUUCAAGGAAGAAGCAGAGAUGCUAAAGGGGCUCCAACACCCAAACAUUGUGCGCUUCUAUGACUCUUGGGAAUCUGUACUUCGUGGAAAAAAGUGCAUUGUACUGGUCACUGAACUCAUGACCUCAGGAACACUCAAAACUUACCUGAAGCGCUUCAAGGUAAUGAAGCCCAAGGUGCUGAGGAGCUGGUGUCGACAAAUCUUGAAGGGCCUUCACUUCCUUCACACCAGAACCCCUCCCAUAGUCCACAGGGACCUCAAAUGUGACAACAUCUUCAUCACGGGCCCCACUGGGUCUGUCAAAAUAGGUGAUCUGGGACUCGCUACCCUCAUGAGGACCUCAUUCGCCAAGAGCGUCAUAGGAACCCCAGAGUUCAUGGCUCCAGAGAUGUAUGAGGAACACUAUGAUGAGUCUGUGGACGUCUACGCCUUUGGGAUGUGCAUGCUGGAGAUGGCUACAUCCGAAUAUCCCUACUCCGAGUGUCAAAAUGCCGCUCAGAUUUAUCGCAAAGUGACAAGCGGUAUAAAACCAGCAAGCUUUGAUAAAGUGAAUGACCCAGAGAUUAAAGAGAUCAUUGAAGGUUGUAUACGUCAGAACAAGAGCCAGAGACUGUCCAUCAGAGACCUCCUAAAUCACGCGUUUUUUGGUGAGGACACAGGGGUCCGAGUGGAGCUAGCAGAGGAAGACACAGGCACCCAAGAAUGUUUGGCUCUAAGGAUUUGGGUUGAGGAGCCCAAAAAGCUGAAGGGGAAACACAAAGAUAAUGAGGCCAUUGAGUUUAGCUAUGACCUGGAGAACGACAGCGCCGAGGAAGUGGCUCUGGAAAUGGUAAAGUCUGGCUUCUUCCACGAGAGUGAUGCCAAGGUGGUGGGGAAAUCCAUUCGGGACAGAGUGAAUCUAAUAAAAAAGUCACGGGAGCGGCGGCAGCAGCAGCUGCUCCAACAGCAGCAAGGCUUUGAAGAAAGACGGGACUCCACUGUAACAUCUUAUACACGUCCAUUCUGCCCAUCUUCACUGGGGCCAGGGGCAACUGGACUGACUGGUGGAGGAGGUGGACACGAAUCUGAGGACCCACCUCAAGUGGAGCAGCAUGUCAGGCUGCAGAAUGUUGUCGGAGGGGCAACACUAUGCCUGCCAGGGGAGAGCCUUGGGUCUGCCAGCUGUGAAUCUUAUGCACAUGGACAGAGCCAGUCAAACUCUCAGCCAGGGGAAUCAUUCGCCCUUGCUCAAACUUCUCAGCCCAUGACUACAUGUGAACAGCAGACACAAUGCACAGGAACACUGGCCAAUCCUCCGAGGCUCCCAUCUGGUGAAGGCGGAGGCGUUCCAAGUGUCCCUGUUGGCCACAGUGUCAGUCUGUCCAGUAUGUCCAUCGGUCAAAGCGGAGGGCCACCUGUUGGUCAGACGUUUCUUCAGCCCACCACCAUGGUUCCACAGGUAUCACCAAGUAUACCUCAGCAAUAUUUUCAGUCACAAACAUUCCCAUCAGAUGCAUUUCAAACCGUCACACCCCAUGGGUUGUCGGCCCCAUCACAGUCAUACAUCACCCCUGUCCUCACUUCAUCUAUAUCCCUCAGUGAUCCUGCCGGGCUAGCAGGGACCAUUGUUGCCCCCAUUCAGCAGCCCCAGGCCACUCCCAUGCAGCUAACUGACAUCAUUCGCCAGCCAGCACCCCAACAAACACAACCUGUCAUGAUCCCUCCGAUAGGGGUCCAGACAGCCUGCCUUCAGCAGCAGCAAAUGGACAUUCAAGUUGCUUUGGCAGAGCAACGUGUUAGCGCCACUCAGCCUACAGUAGGACAGCAUCCACAGAACCUUUCAGCUAUAGCUGUCCACAAACAUCAAAAUGAGCCUCUGCAGCAGGUCUGUGUACAGCAGACCCUUCCACCAACCCAACAGGAGCAAACGGCAUUAGCAGGUAUGCAGCAGCAAGCUUUGCCAUUACCACAGCCAGGAGAACAUUCUCAACCAACUAGGGAUCCUUGUGACCAGACUAUCAUACAAACACAGCAGCAGAAACAGAAAACUUUGUUACAACUGCAGGAACAGCAGCAGGUUUUCCAGCUUGAGCCACAUCAAGGUUACAUCCCACUUGAUCAGCAACCAGUCCAACUACAACAGCAGCAACUGGAGCAGAAGCAAGCCCUUGUGCAUAAGCAAUUAUUAGAUCAGCAACAAGUUUAUAUUCAACAGCAGCAGCAUCAAGCCCUGCCGGAGCAAGCACUUUUGCAACAUCAUUUAGAGCAACAGCAGCAGAAACCUGUGUAUCAACAAACUCAGGCAAGAGUACAUGAAGAUCCACUGAUGAAACAGCAAACUAGACAGCAAGAACCUGUGGUGCAUCAGCAGCCCCAGCAGGCUCAACAACAAACUUUCUUACAACAGCAUUUGCAGCAAAAUCUUGUCUUACAACAGCAGCAACUACAACAGAAGCAACAACAAAUCCAUCAACAAGCUCGACUGCAACAGCAACAAGAUGUUCUGCCCCAGCAACAGGCUCUAUUACAACAACAAAUCAAAGAGCAGCAACACCAUGCUGCCAUUGUUCAACUUAAGCAAACAGAAAAACAAGAGGCUGUUCCACGGCAGCAGGUACAACAGCAAGCUGCACUGAUCCUCCAGGAGCAGAUGCACGCUGCUCAGUCUGAGCAUGCUACGCCAGCUUCAUUGAAUCCUCACAUCCCAGCUGGAGCUGAAGUCAUUCAGAACAAAACUCAUAUUUCCCCCCAGGCCCCGGUUACCAUGGUUGUACAGCCUGCUCAGAUGUCUCUCCCGAUUUCAGCUCAAGCCCUCUCCCAACAAGGACAAAUUGAAGCUCAUAUUCAGAACAGAAUCCAGGUACCAGUCCAGUUUAUAAGUCAGUCUACAACUCAAGCAGCGGCAACUAUGAUUGAUGUCACUCAUAUGGUUGGAACUACCCAAGGACAGGCACAAGUAGUCAUCCAAGACCAGAAACAUCAGAAUAGUUAUCCUGAACGUACUUCAACUGUGAACCAAGGGUCUGCUCAGACCAUAAUUCAAACUCAGGCUUUACAGCAGGUAGUUAACCAGACCCAACUAGUUCAUAACCAAAACUCAUCUGCUAACACACAUGUCAUGGGCCAACAAAGCAUACCUGCUAUCCAACCUCCAGCUGCCACCAAUUCUAGUCAUGUACAGCAUGAGACUCUUGUUCACCAUAAGGUUCAAAUACCAGGAGUAGUGGAGCCUCAACUUCAGCAGCAAACUCAAAUCCAACCCCUUGUCAAGGUGCAAGGUCACACUGCCGCAGCCCUUUUGACUUCUCAGUAUGGCCCUCAGGCCACCUACCAAAGUCCACCACUUUUACAGCAGGGAAUAGUUGCACAGCAACCAGUGGCACAGUAUCAGCAGGUUGCUAUGGCUCCUGGCUUAGCUGGAAGUGUUGGAACCAAUACAGCCAGUCUCAGUUCUGUAGAUCCUGCAAGCGUUGUCACCACUGCAGUCAAUAUCCCAGUGUCACAUCCAGUGGUCCUGGCCCAGCAGCAACCUUUAGGAAGCACUGCAGUAUACUCUGUAAUUCAGCCCAUCUCCCAGGCACAGCUACUGAUGCUUUCUCAAGUUCAACAACCAACAGCCAUAGCAUGUCCAAAGCAACAAUUGCCUUCAGUCAUCCAGUUACCAGUGGAACCCAUCUUGGCUCCCAGCCAUCAAACAUGUCCUCUCAGUCAGGCUUUGAUUCCCAGGGAAGAGACUGAGCUGCCAGCACAACAAUGUCAGCCUGCUUCACAUCCACUAACCCAUUCUGACGCACAGAUAGCCCCCAGGAAUGUGGCCGAUCAUCACGCCCAGAGCAGGAUCCCACCCAACUGUGGAGUGACAGGCACAGCACCUUCCCCUCAGCACCAGGCCAAGCACACGCUGCCAGCACACACUCACACACAAACCAGCAUUCAGGCCCAAUCACACUCACAGACACAGACACUCAUUCAAACGCAGGCUGAUUCACACACACAAACACACACGCAGACGCCAGCUGCUGAACAACCUGGUCUUCCCCAUGUUGUAUUUCCUGCACAUGAAAUUCCCCUGAGUCCGUCUCAUACCUCGUAUCCCCCAUCAUCACUACCAUCCCACCACCCUGCUGCUACCCCUGCGCCAGAGCUGCCAACAUCUUCACCAGCAGCCCAGGUCACCUUACCAGGGCAGGCCAACUUCAUACCUACCUCCCCUUCUCCUGCCGCCGCCCUAGAGCUGCUUAAUUCUCAUGUCCCCAAACUGCCCCAAGCCUCGCUGCAAGACUGUGACAUUUCCCUGCUGGGCAUUUCUCAGGAUUGUCUACUGUCAAAUACAGAACGUCCUUCCUCAACUGGGUCUUUGCCAAGAAAUGAAGAAGAAGCUGUUUUGCUCUUAACUGAUGGGAAAUUAGAAAAAGUAAAGACCCAAAGAAGGGCUUCUACUCUGAGACCUGAAAAAGUUUCACAUCAGUUUCAACUUAGUAUGCUCCAGGUGUCAGGCAGUGGGGACAAUAUGGUGGAAUGCCAGUUGGAGACCCACAGUAACAAGAUGGUGACAUUUAAAUUUGAUAUUGAGGGGGAUGCGCCUGAGGACAUAGCAGAUUACAUGGUGGAGGAAGUCUUUGUCCUCGAUGUGGAAAAAGAGAUGUUUGUUGAGGAGCUAAGGGCCAUAGUAGAGAAAGCCCAGGAAAUUCUUCAUACACAUAGUGGAUCUUCUGAGCAGUUGCAAGUCAGCACUCCCACUAGCUCUACAUCCGACUCACAGCCACAUUCGUCUCCGGUGGGGCGUUGGCGCUUCUUUAUCAACCAGACCAUUCGCCACAGAGACUCUCUCUCAAGCCAGGGAGCAGCCACCACGCCACCCACCGCAGAAUCAAGGCCACUUCCACCCUCUACAACAGACAAAGGAAAUGAAGGAUUCCAGUGUGUAGAAUCCACCAGUGGGGUGUCCUCUCCACAUUGCCCCACUUCAUCUGACGUCUCCACUGUGUUAACCUCUGUUUCUGUUGCCCCUACUACUACACAGACGCCGUAUGCGACUGUAUCUGAAAGCAUCUCUGCACCAGCCUCCACCCUUGAGCCCCCCAACCCUCAAACUAUUUCAAGUGAUCUUGACCUGAUCCUUACCUCAACUUCUGAUGACCAAAGGCUCGGUGAGCCAUUACCAACAGCAACAUGUUCUGCCACCAACCUUACCACAAUGCUCACUGCUGCCAAAGGUGUGCCUCCCACAGCCCACACAGUUCAGACUGAUGUAACAGUAAACCACCCUGACUUGGAGCAUCUGCAGCAGGCACUUGGUCAAGGAGCCACUGCUCCACAACAGCUACAGCUUCAACCUGCACAGCAGCAGGCUCCAGUUGUACAACAGCAAUUACAAACAUUGCAUUUGGAGGAACAGGCCACACAUAAUCUACAAGCAACACCACAACAGCAACAGAUGCAAGAAGUGUACCAAGAGAAAAUUCAGCAAAUGCAGAAACAAAUAGUUUAUCAACAAACACCACAGAGUACUCCACAAGUGCUGCAGCAGUGUAAGAUACAACAGCAGGUCUUGGCACCCCCAGCCGCUAUUGUACCUCAACAGCAGCAACAAUUAAACAUACAGCAAAACAUAGACAUGCAGCAGCAGCAAAUUAUGCUACAGCAGCAGCAACAUCAGCUGUUUACGGGCAGCACUGCCUUUAAGUCUGAUCAUAGCCAAAUGUCGCCCCCGGCAGUGAGUCAACAGUUUUUUCAGGCACAACAAAAUGGUAGCCACAUGGUGCAGCAACAAAUCCCAAUUCCCGCCCAAGUGUCAAAACAGCAAUGUCAGACACAAAACCCAGAGCAACAGGAAGUGGUAAGUGCCGCAGACACACCUCAGAAACAGCAUCCGCUUCUCAAACAAUCAUCUCUACAGCACUCUGAGUCAGAGGUGUCCACAGGCGAGACGAGUGUGACAGAUGACACAGGCAGCUGCUCAGUGCCAUGUCAUCCUUCCUCAGACUCUUCUUUGCCACCUCUUUAUAUGGGAGCUACUGAAGCCUCCUUACCACCACUCUCCCUCACACUCACCCCAUCCCCUGCUCAGCCUUCCUCUGUGGCCGAGUCAGACAGCGAAGGUCCCCCGAAAAUAGAAUUUGUUGACAAUCGGAUAAAGACGCUGGAUGAAAAGCUGAGGAACUUGUUGUAUCAGGAGCACAGCAGUGGGGCGGCUCAGGCCGGGGGAGCUGCAUCUGUCCCAGCUGUUUCCACAUCCACAGGUGGAGAUGAGUCAUCAGAGCCGCUGCCAUUAUCUUUCCCGCCACCUGCCUCUAUCUCAGACACAUCUCCCCACUCCUCAUCUUCCACUACUUCCUCCACCACCUCCCAUUCCUCCUCCACCACCCCUGACCCUGAAAGUUGUGGAGGAGCAGAGGAUGCCUCCUCAGAAGUGCUCAACUCAGCAGAGCAGGCCCUAAUGGAGGAGCAACCUGGCCCAUCUCACCCGUACACCCACACCACGCUGCCUCCAGCCACUUUCCUCCCUUUCAGUCAGGAUUUCUCUGCAGGGGCCCAGCGCCCUCCAGUGCCAGGAGAACCAACCAUCCUUGCUGUGCGCCCACACUCUGACACCACUGGAGAAGCAUUGCGACUCUCUCUCCGUCAGCAACCGAUCCCCCUCCGGCAUGGACCGCAGCAACAUAAUGCAGGAGGUGGAUAUUUUGGCCUAAACCUGACAUGUCCUAGUAUCAAAAAUCCUGUUAGCAAGAAAUCCUGGACUCGCAAAUUCAAAAACUGGGCAUGCAAACUGCGCCAUUCCGCCAGCUUGUUCAAGAAGCCCAGAGUCCAGCAAGAGGGACGAUCCAUCAGUCAGUCUGUCAAGGAGGAGAAGGAGUUGACCCAACAUCCAUCUCAGUCACGCAAAGGACGAUUUCAAGUACAAGAAGUGACCGCGGUGCCUCAGUCCUCUCCGCCGAAACAUGCACCAUCAACAGGCCACGGCAGCACCCACAGAAAAGUUGGACGCUUCUCUGUAACAAAGGCUGAGACCCAGGAAGAAGACGACAAGAGUGACAGUUCCCCAGUGUCUCCUGUUGUGAUCAGAGAGAGGAGGAGAUCUCGGGCAAAGGAUGCAGAGAAAGAUGACAGCAAGAGGACUCCAGGGAUGACCCAUCUUUCUCGAGGUCGUGAGCACAGCCACUCCCCUGUAGGCAGCAGUGACGAUGAUAAUGAUGAAAGUGAAUUGGAGGAUGAAGACUUGAGGAGAGAACUGCACAAGCUUAGAGAGAAGCACAUCAAGGAAGUGGUGUCACUCCAGGCCCAGCAGAACCGAGAGCUCCAAGAACUGUACAGACAGCUUCGCUCCCAAAAAGGACAAAGGCAAAGUCUGCCAGCUUGCCUGUCUCGUACCCCUGCUCUUCCUACAGCGGCCCCAGUCCUUUCUCCUCGUAGGCCCAGGCCAGCCAAAACCAAACUGCGGCCCAGACCUCACUCUCACAUGGAUAACAAUGGAAUCACACAUGCCGGAUUCCAACAGUCAAGUAGUUUUUCGGGUGCCGAGCAGAGUGGAACUCCUCCUCAUGGCACUUCAGUGCCUGCUGAAAGAGGUGCUUGUUUAGAAUACACAGAUCAAAGCUCUUUAAGGAAAAACACAUUCACAGAUGAAUUGCACAAACUGGUUGAUAAUUGGACAAAGGAUACACUGGGCCACACCACACCCAAGCCUUCUCUUAAUCAGAUCAAGCAGAUUCAGCAAGUGCAAGAGUUGGGAGGCUGGACACAGCUGAUUGAGGUGACUCCUCCAGGUUGGUUUCCAUUGGUACCACUAAAUUCACAGGCAGCGCCAUCUGCUGCCAGCUUGUCUGUGGCAGCCCCUCCCUAUAGCAGCCUGUCUAUCUCUCCCGGAUCGUCGCAAACGCACACAGCUCAAGUGCCACAUAUGCAGCCGGAUUUACACCCCCAGGAGUUGACCUUUCAGCCGGCCCCAGCGUGCCAGCACAUACAGCAACAUCCCAUACAGUCGACACAGGCCAUCAUCCAGCUGCCCAGCUCGUCACCUCAAAACCAACCGCCGCUGCCUUCCCAAACGACCACGUCUCUAGUGUCCACAGCCGUGUCUCUGCAGCCUGCCAGUGGCUCCUCAGCACCCACCGAUAGCAGUGUUGCUAGUGGGGGGGCAUUUUGCUCCUGUUCCUCCUCAUCUUCAACCUGUUGCUCCUCCUUCUGUUCUAAAGCUGCUCUACCUUCCAGUGCCAAAAAUCACCCAACGCCCCCCACCUCCACUCCUCCGCUGGGACAGAAAUGAAACCAAGCUUGAGGUAAAUAUAAUGGUGCAAGAAGAGAUCUGAUGUAUUAGACUUGUGUGUGCAUGAAGGAGGUACAGUACCAUAACUGCAACCGAUGAUGACAAGAUGUGGGGAAUGAAUGUGAGAUAUGAUUGAUGAUCUGGUAUGUACAGAUAAAAGGCGACAUUGAACGCAGCACCUGAGCUUUGUGAAUAAUGGUAUGCGUGGGUCAUGAGAUGUACAAGAUCUUUAAUGUAUGUAUGUGAAAUGUGUGUAUGUUUAUGUGUGUGUGUCAGGACAUACAGUAUCCCCAACAAACGUUUUCUUUUCACUGUCAGACCUAAGCUCUCCCUAAAAAGAGACAAAAAAUGAUGUUUGGUGAUGUGUUCAUAACUUUUGUCAUUUGUUUCAGUUGGUCAAUGUUUGCGGUGAAAGGACUAUCAAUUUUAAAAGUGCAAUUAGUAAUGAUCAUUGGAAUUGAUCAGCAUGUAUUGUAAUAAUUUGUCUGUAAGUCAUAAAAUAUUUUCAUAUGCGUAUAUUGAUGAAACUCCUUGAGGAUCUUUUUAAAACAGCACAAGUUGCUUCAAUGGACCAAGAAAAAAACAUUAAAUCAACCCAGUACCGUUAUCUACUUACAAAAUUAACUUUUUACAACUCCUAAUUGAAAAGAUGAAGGAUUUCUGCCGCUUGUAGUAUGACUUUGACCCAAAUUAACCCAACUGUAAAAAUCUCACUGCACUACAUGUCAAAUACUAACCUAACCCGUUUUCAAAAUGUUGAUUUUUCACACAAAUUGCAAUUAGGUGUGUGACAUCUAGCCUUUGUUUUGUCAUAGCAUGGGAAAGCACAAUAGUGCUCACCAUCAUUAUAUACAGUCCACAACCAAAACAUUACACUGUUAUGCAAUUAAUAGUCUUGGACGGAAUGUGUUUAUCUUGUUUUCUAUGUUGGAAGAUGUGUGAUUAAAACAGAGUUAACAUACACCUGUGGUUCCCAAACUUUGUUACAGUGGCAUAUCCCUUCAGACAUUUGAUCUAACGCUAUGUACCCACUAUUCCUGCACACUUAAAAAAACAAACCUUUUUAUCUUAAUUCACUUGAAAUAAUGAACAUAAUUAAUUCAUUUUAUAGUCAUUCCUGGUCAAAAAUAUGUAUUUUGCAUGGUUACAUUUUGAUAAAGUUUCACAUGAGCACUGAUAAAUAGUUAAAUAAUCGUCCUACAUAUCUUUUAGUUCUGGUUGGAUUUUGGUGAUGAGAAACAUAGUUCCAGUUAGUUACUUAAGUACAUAGUGUGGCUUCUCAAAACAAUAAUAAAUUUGCAUCACAGAAAUGCCUCCUUGAAAAAUAUCAGACCUCACAAAUCGCUCGACUUUACUUUCUCUGAUGUCGUAUCAAUGCUUGCUAUCCGCUGUCCAUUGUUGUGUGUGUGAUGAAGAUGUAUCUGCCGCGAGUGUCGCAGCCAUCUUGUUUAUGUACGUGUUCCACAGCGAAUGAAGAUGUGAGGGUCGCAACCAUUUUUAUCACAUACACAACAAAGGACAGCCGAUAGCACUCAUUAAUACGGCAUCAGAGAAAGUAAAGCCAAGCGAUUUGUGAAGUCUGAUUUUUUUUCGAGGCAACUCUUUUUGUGAUGCAAAUGUAUUACUCUUUCGAACACAUUUUGUUUUGAGGAGCCAAACUAUUUACUUAAGUAACCCCAAUUACUAAGCGAAACUAAGUUUCUCAUCCCCGAAAUCCGACCAGAACUGGGCUCACCGGGACCAAGUGGGGGCUAAAUCACUGUUGAUGCACUACACUGCUGAAGGGUAUGUCAUACAACUUCAUGUCAAAAAAUCGAACUAUCCCUUUAAAUCUGCAAAUUAUUUUAAUAUCAAAUUGAAGAGGAAAGUUUAACAAUCAUGAUAAAGCAGUAUCAGAAGUACAAAAAUACAUACAACCAACAAUAAAGCCUAAUUUUUGGAGGAAUCCCCACUAAGUUUUCACCACAUCCAGGGAUUGGAACACCAAUAUAAAUGAAAUCUUCAAGAUUAAACACUAUUAAUGCACAAAAUAAUCAUAAAACUUACUUAUUUGUUCAUGAAAUGCACACAGAGCAAUUAACAACUUCAUGCUCUGUCUCCUUUCUGCUCUGUUGUCCCUGAGUCGCGAUUGUGAGUUUUAGGCUAAUUGUUUUUCCUUUUUAUUCAUAUACCCCCUAUGACAACCGGUGUACCCCUGGCGGUACGUGUCCCCCACUUUGGGGGACACGUACACAACCUAGGCCAUACACAACCUAGGCCAUACACUAUGAAACAAUCCUGCACAAAAUCAUUAGAAUUUUUCAUGUAGCUAAAUAAGGUACCCAAAAUAUUAGAAACAGUUGUCAGUAUGAUGCAGUGAAGUUCUACACCUCAGCUAAUAACAACAAUCAAUAGACAUAUUGUGAAGGUAAUACUUCUCUUAUGGUGUCGCUCAAAACGGAGCAUUAUUAUCCUUGUAAAGGCUGACAUAGGUCUUGCGAUUCUGUGUGCACCAAAUAAAGUGUCAACUCUGUGUAAAUUAAUUCAUAUGCCCCAGAUUUGGAAAGUCUGUCUCAUGUCCCGGCACAAAUAAAUUCCGCUUGCAGACUACUUGAUAAAGCCCACAAAAAUAGUUAAUUCAUCUUUCACAACUAAAUAGUUUUUCUUCUCAGUUUAUCCUUUACAAACUGUGGUGUUGUGGAGAAGGUGGAAAAAUAACUGCAAAGUUAUUUUGAACACGGGGAGCCCAUAUUGCCUUUUGAAAUAUCUGCAUUUUUUAGUGUGCAUGUUAGAUUUUAUGUUUGACACAAAUAUAUGAUGGACUCACAUUAGAUUACAUUUUAAGUUGCCACCCUUUGAAAUUCGCCUGUUGAGCAUCACUGGGCCAACAAAAAAAAAUUAAAAAAAACAAAUGAUAACUCUUUUUUUCCCCAAGUAAAGUAAACAUACAUUGUGCUGAUUAUUGAUUUGAUGUGUACUUGACUGUCAAACUUGCAAACUGUCAUAAGAUGAACUAUGGACUAUUCAUGUGCUGAAUGCACACUGCAAACAAUUAAAAACAGACGGCUCCAUCCUUCUAUUUUACUUCUCUAUAAGCAGAUACAUAUGUGACAUUUGAUUGGCUUAGCAGCCCAUUUAGCCAUGGUCAGGUUUAUGCAUAUUUGCAGUCUAAGCAGUUUUUUGUAAGACUGUUUUUUAAGAACAUGAAUGGUCAAGUAGCAAUAGUUAAUUUUGACAUCAAUUACAAUAUAACAAUUGUUUUCUGUAUGCUUUUCAUUCGAGAAGGUCAGAUCCUUUGCUGUCAUGUCUGAUACUAACAUUUUGACAAUAUGCUAUACAAAACAGCUUCAUUAUCAUGUUUCAUGAUGUGGGGCAGCCGCCAUUUUACCAAAAUGUUAUCUAAAAAAAACAAUAACAGCAAAAACAUGAAGAUUAUUUUUGUAUUUUCUAAAGAUGGUGUUAAAUUGUAAAAUGUCACUAUGGCCAUGAAAAACAAGAUUUUAAAGAGAUUAAACACUGGUUCUCAUGCUUGUUUCCAUGGGACUUCUUUUUCAAUACCUCUUUGAGUCCUCACAGAGUCCUUUUAGGAUUUUUGGCCUUUAUUUCUGUUUAAUCACCUGAAAUAAAAUAACAUACCUCCUAGGCUAUAUUAAACUUACACAUGGAUGCAAAAAAGUCAAGGGAGUCCCUUUAAGGCAUGACUGAGAACCAACAAAAUCCUAAAAAUACAAAGUAUGCUGCUGAUGAUUGACCUUCUGUACAUUGUAACAAAAUCAACUGUUAUGUUUUGUAACUAAUCAAAAUAAAUGAUGUCAAACGUCACAA